UUCUCUCUCCAGCCUUUUCCAGCGAGACACCUUCUAUUCUUCCUUCCCCUUACGCAUUACCGGCUCACGUUAGAACAUAACGAUGGCGGCUUCCGCUUCCGCUGCAUCUUCCUUCAUUGGCACGCGCCUCCCCGACGUGCACUCGACUUCGGGUCGGUUCGUGGCUCGGUUUGGUAUUGGUACCAAGAAACCGCCUAAGAAAGCAACGAAGCCUAGCAACGAUAGGCCACUGUGGUACCCAGGAGCGAAGGCGCCGGAAUGGUUGGACGGAAGUCUCGUCGGAGAUUACGGCUUCGACCCAUUCGGUCUGGGAAAACCCGCGGAGUAUUUGCAGUUUGAGCUGGACUCGCUGGACCAGAACCUUGCGAAGAAUUUGGCAGGUGAUGUGAUCGGCACUAGAACUGAGACUUCCGAUGUCAAAUCGACGCCGUUCCAGCCUUACAGUGAGGUUUUCGGCUUGCAGAGAUUCCGCGAGUGCGAGCUCAUCCAUGGACGGUGGGCCAUGCUUGCCACCCUCGGUGCCCUUGCCGUUGAAUGGCUCACCGGCGUUACCUGGCAAGACGCCGGAAAGGUAGAGCUUGUUGAGGGUUCAUCCUACCUUGGGCAACCUCUUCCUUUCUCAUUGACCACAUUGAUCUGGAUUGAGGUUCUGGUGAUUGGGUACAUUGAGUUCCAAAGGAACGCAGAGCUGGACCCCGAGAAGAGGCUGUACCCCGGCGGCAAGUUCUUCGACCCGCUGGGCUUAGCCGCCGACCCGGAGAAGAAGGCCACCCUGCAACUUGCAGAGAUCAAGCAUGCUCGUCUUGCCAUGGUCGCCUUCCUUGGCUUUGCUGUUCAAGCUGCUGUCACUGGCAAAGGCCCUCUCAACAACUGGGCAACCCAUUUGAGUGAUCCUCUUCACACUACCAUCAUCGACACUUUCACUUCCUCAUAAAAGCUUUCUACUGAGUUGUCAUCUGAUCUGUACUAUAUGCAUGUCCUGCUUUCUAUGGUCCUGCUUAUCUGGGAUGCAGACAUUUCACAUAGUUCAAUUAGUGCUUGUAAAUUUAGUGACAUGAUGGAAUUUGAGAGGCUGAGCAGAAUGUUACCGCUCCAUUUUAGUGUAUCUCGAUGUUGAGAAUCUGGAAACAUGAAAUGAAGCUAGUGUGGAAAAAUGAA